UAAAAGCGUUAUUCGUUAACUUCGUAUCGCUAGCGAUUUUUCCUCUUGGUAUACUGCAGUUUCAGAGUUGAAUCUGAAGCCUGGUGACAGAUUUGUUGUUUUUUUUUUCCUUAAACUCGCAGGUCUGGAGUAGCUGGGUCUGUGCUGUAUCGGGGGAGCGAUUUCUAUGAGUGUUUGAGGCAGCCCCAUACUAAUAUAACGGGGCCGCUCGCGUUUAGCAAAUUGCAUCCUAUAACCUCAUUGUGCAAAAAUUCAUCUCUUGCAUUUUUUUUCCAAUUUUUUCCACCCCUGUCUGAAAGGGUGUUAGAAACUGCAGAUUGAUUCGUUACACCUUACUAGGAAGUGAAUAUUUCGCACGGGAAGGGGAGGGACUCCGAAAGCUUAAAGCAAGUCCAGUGUGAAUGUAUUAAGGUUCUGUAGUAGUCUUUACAUAUUCAUCAAUUGUAAACAUCCACAAAUUUUAAUAAUAGAAUUAAGCCGAUGAAGCAGAGAUUCCGACAGUAUUUUUGUGUAGAAAACCCAAUAUUUAAAUAAAAAAACAGCUUGUGUUAAACCUGCGGCGCUGUAAGGACGAUAGCUAAAUGCAAUAUAUGCACAGCGAGUGUCCAUGAACUUCGCUCUAUUUCUCUUGCAAUGUCCACCUCUUUUUUAGUUAGUGGUAGGAGGGUGUUUUUAGCGCUCGACGGGAGACACGGAAUUAGAAACACACUUUUUGGAUCGCGUUUAGUUUCAGUCCCACGCCGCUCCAUAAUAGAUAUGUCGUAUUCCUCCCACUUCAUGGAUUUUAAAGGUUCGGCAAUACCUAGCUCCAUGAAAAAGCUGGUGGUGACGAGGCUUAGCCCAAAUUUCAGAGACGCUGUAUCUUUGCAAACUGUUCCCGUCCCGACACCCGGAGAUGCCGAAUUGCUCAUCAGAAAUCGAUUUGUUGGCAUCAAUGCAUCUGACAUCAAUUACUCUGCCGGCCGCUAUGACCCCACAGUCAAACCGCCUUUCGAUGCAGGGUUUGAAGGCAUUGGUGAGGUAGUAGGACUUGGCCUAAGUGCCAGUGCCCAUUAUGCAGUGGGCCAGGCAGUGGCCUACUUUGGAGAAGGGGCCUUUUCCGAGUACAUCGUUGUGCCCGCUCAAAAAGCUGUCCCCGUGCCUGGGGUGAAACCGGAAUUCCUCACCCUGCUGCUGAGCGGAGCCACUGCUUACAUCAGUCUGAAACGGCUGGGCGACCUGUCGGCGGGAGAGACGGUGUUGGUGACGGCAGCGGCAGGGGGAACCGGUCAGUUCGCCGUGCAGUUUGCCAAGAAGUCCCAGUGCCAUGUCAUCGGGACCUGCUCCUCGGACGAGAAGGCUGGCUUCCUGAAGUCCAUCGGCUGCGACCGCCCCGUCAACUACAAGGCCGAAGACCUCCACGCGGUCCUGCGGGGGGACUACGCCAAGGGCCUGGACGUGGUCUACGAGUCUGUCGGCGGUGAAAUGUUUGACCUGGCUUUAAACUGCCUGGCCACCAGGGGGCGGCUGAUCGUCAUCGGCUUCAUCUCCGGGUACCAGACGCCUACAGGGGUCAAGCCGGUAAGGGCUGGGACCCUGCCAGUCAAGCUGCUGCAGAAGUCAGCCAGCGUGCGCGGGUUCUUUCUGCCUCACUACCUCACCGAGUACAGGGAGGCCAUGAGGCAUAUGCUGGAGAUGUACGAGAGGGGAGAGCUGGUGUGCGAGGUGGAUCUGGGAGAAACGGCUCCAGAGGGAAAAUUCACCGGCCUCGAGUCCGUGUUCCGUGCUGUAGAGUACAUGUACUCAGCUAAAAACAUAGGAAAGAUUGUAGUUGAACUGGCUCACCCUGUUAGCAGCAAGUUGUGAGGUGGUCACCAUUUAAGAAAGUAUCAAACAUAGAUACACGGGUAACAAAAUUGAAAUGGCCUGAUUGAUAAAUCAAUUGAAUUUCGCUAGUUUGAUUAGUAAGCAGUGAUUUAUAGCCAUUUGCUGGGAUUUGGGGAUUAAGAGUUUGAAACAAUCAUUAUUCCGACAUGGUGUUAAUUUAAUUAUUAAUUUUUACAUUAAUGUAUUAAAAGAAGGCGUUUAAAGGAUCCCCUUGAUCCACCUGCGUGCUUCAGGUUAAAAAGCUUGAUUUGCAAGCCGGGGAAAAGAAAGAAUGGGAAUUGUUGAAAUUGCAGGGAUGCAGAAAGGGGUUAGGAAAAUUCUUUUGUCACGUUUACAGUAAAGACGAGCUAAAACGUGAAAGGAGAGGAGUGUAAUGGCCUCACAGAUGUCACAAAAACAAACGUAUGUCAUGCAAAACAUCAGCAGCUCUGACCUUUUGUUUUGUUCAACCUGAAAUGUUGACAUGUUCAGCCUAAAUCCUCAUUUUCCUGACAUCAAGCUCCUCUCUCGGGAUGGCACUCUGUCCCCGGCUGCAAUCCUGUUCAAAUAGACAGGCCUUUCUCCCCAUGUUGUCCUGCUGGCUGGAGAGGAGGCAGCCAGCUCGGGCGAUCAAUGUGGCUGAUCACAACCUUCAAGCCGAUGCCCUCUCGCAGUGCCCUGUAAAGAUCUUGCACUUCUUAUUUUUCAGCACAAAAUAAAAAAAUAUAUAUAUAUUUA